GAUCAACCAUUCGAUCCUGUUAAAGCAAAGCUCAUUGCGCUUGUCGCUUAUUUUAUUGCUAUUAUGUACAACGCAAUGGCAGCCUUCCUCUACACGGAAACGAUGUUUGCUCCCAAGACCGAGUCUCCACAUACGAUCGGUGAUGCGUUUUAUUUUAUUCUUAUCACAGCAUCGACAGUCGGGUAUGGUGAUAUCACUCCAAAAUCGUUUGAAAGCAAGGUUGUGGUCAUGUUUUUCAUCAUCAUCACACUCUCGAUUGUCCCAGGCCUAAUUGCAGGGGUGAUCGAUACCCUCAAAUCUUCAAGGGCUGGGGGAGGGUCAUACAUCCAGAGCCGAGGCAUCGACGGAGUUGCUAAACAAUACCUGGUAAUGAUCGGUAAUUUCCAGGAUGUUAAACGUAUCUCUGACAUGCUGAGCGGGUUCUUUAAUAAGGAGUUCUCAGAUAGUGAUGUACGUGUCGUGUUCUUGUCUCGGAAUAAGCCUCCGAGAGAUGUCAAGACAUUGCUGGGCAUGCCAAUGUAUAAGAACAAGACUACGAUGCUAGUUGGUAAUGGUUUAAACGAGGACGAUCUUAAAAGAUGUCAAGUUCGAGAUGCUGGCGGCGUAUUUAUCAUUCCAGAUCGAAUGAGUUUAGACAUGGAGUCGCAAGAUACAAUGACGACACUUCUUGCGUGGUCUCUUCAUCUUUAUGCACCCGAUACUCGCGUAUUCACAUAUAAUCUUCUUCCGGAAACUGAGUCUUUCCAGUGGGGUAUCGUAGAGCAAUCCAUGUGUAUUAACGAUGUGAAACAGCUCCUAUUAGCCUAUAAUUGCCGACACCGAGGUGCUGCCACCUUGAUCCUCAAUUUACUCCAUCCUUCCGAGCCCCUCGAUAGUUAUACAGAAGGUUGGCAGGCCCAAUAUGGCGAUGGAACCGGUAAUGAGCUCUAUGUGAGUUCUGUGCCCGAGGUCUUUGUCGGAUGGACAUUUGCCCAGGCUUCAUGGUUUAUUUUUCAAGAGUUCCAAACGAUUCUUAUUGGAGUGGAUAUCUUUAUGGAAACAGCAAUAGAAGGAGAUUAUGAUGGCUCUCAUUUUCAUGGCGCGCACAACAUGCCCAAUGCUAGAUCAAGAGGAUCGAGUCGUCGUAAUAGUGGUGGCAGCGGGUUUGGCUUGAAUGAUAUCGGAAUCAGUCUGGGAUUAACAGGACAGCGCCACCCACAAGACAAUGGCUUGACUGGAGACUGUCCAAGUGGGCAGUACCAUUUGAGUCUCAACCCUGGUAACAGUUACAGACUUGGUAAAUUUGAUCAACUCAUUUUUAUAGCUCAAUCUCCUGAGGAAUUGGAAGCCAUCAAUGGCUUUACAAAAGAGCAGUAUGAGAAGAUGUUGAAUGAUGAGAAAGAUCCCCUAGGAAAUUCGCGAGUGGACUUCGCGAAAGCGAUGAAUAUGUACCAUGAUCUGAAGUUAUCGAGAUCGGAUGCUCGUGCAGCUGCUAUGAAAAGAGCUGAGCAUCGAAAUACCAAGAAGAUUAGACUUGAGGAGUCCACGCGACAGCAGCAACUUCAACAUCAGCAGCAAAGAACGCGUCUUACUUCAACUUCCGGUAGGUCGGGUGAUAGCUCCAACACCACUGCCUCCCCCGCGAUAUACCAACCUAUGAUCAGUGAGAAGCCUGUACCUCGUAAGAUCGUUAAAUCACCUACUAGUGAUCAGCUUAAUAUGAAAAAAACCAAGUUAGCGCGUCCUGCCUGGAACAUAGCCUUGUAUGAUGAUGAUGACGAUGAUGAUGACGACAAUGAUGACGAUGAUGAUGACGACGAUGAUGACGAUGAUGGCGGCAAUGGUAGCGUGCUGAGCGACAGUAGCAAUCUGCAAAAAUCAAAGAGCGCCCACGUUGAUCAAGGUAUACGUGCUCAUGAGGCACGUCAGAACAGGCAUAAUAUGCAGAAUUAUCGAGGCGUUGUGACUACCGAGGAAAAUAAUUGCCUAUUAAGGGACCCAGAGGAUAGCUCUGGUGAUAUAGAUCAAUCCGUAGAUACUCGCAGUCGACGAGACCUGUCUCGGCUCUCUUCGGAAGGAAAGUCCUCGGUAAAGGAUCUCGAAAAUCAAGCCAGAUUACGAAAAAACCUAAAUAACACGACUGUCAACAAUAAUACAUCUAAUAGCGCCGAUUUUUAUUCGACCAUUUUCGACCUCAAUGCUGCCGCUGCUGCAGCCGAAGGCACCGAUAGGACGAUAAUGGCUCGAGGUUUGGAUGCUGAAGGAAACACGACUACCAUUAAGGGUCCUAGAGCAUCAAGCGCUGCAGAAAUUUUAUCCAUGCCGACAGUUGAUGACACAGUGCAAGGACUUGGUUUGCCUAUAACUGUCACUGCACCAGAGAUACACCCCCAUAGUUUAUCUCAAACUCUGAAGAAGCCUCUCUCUCGACGGAUGUCAGGCAAAGAUAGGCAACCCCCUCAUCAAACAGAAACACGUAAUGGACACUACUCCAUCAAAGGCUCAUUCCAGCCUCUGGAUGACACGACCUACAUUGGCCAGACAUCUGUGACUAGAUCAGAGACAAAGGACUUGCCGCUCUGUCAUCUGUUGCUUGAUCCUCCAGCGUCUGUCAGGUCACUUAUCCGAGAAGAUCUCUCCGCAUUAAAGGAUCACAUUGUCGUCUGCGCUAAUGCGGGAGAGGACCUCUACCGCUUCAUAUCUACGCUUCGACUAGCUCAGAUCCCCAAACAGGAUUUCAAGACGAUCGUGGUCUUGACUACCAAUCCACAAGAGAAGCCCCAUUUCAAUAACGUCCCCCUAGCGCGAGAAGCGUCUGAUGAGCGAGGGGACGAAAAACUCGAUGAGAACGCGAUAUCAGCCUUGAUUGAUGGCUUGGCUGUUGCUGAUGGCACUGAGCGUGAUCUUCCUUCUAGUUCGAUAAAAGUGGGAGUGGGACCCUCCAAGAAACAAAUGAAAUCUGAAAAAUGCGGAGGCGGAACCUGGAACGCCAUUUUGUCCUUUCCUCGUGUCUUUUGGGUUAUUGGAAAUUGUCGGCAUCAACGCGACUUGGUCCGGGCAGGUAUCCUUGGUGCUUCCAGUAUUGUAGUUUUGUCACAUAUUGCCCACGGCCUUGAUCGAGGCGAAUUUGUGGAUAGCACUGCAAUUAUGGCCCACCAUAUGAUCCAUAAAACACUACAGCAACGCAAUCUUUUAGGCAAGCAGCACAUUGUUGUUGAUAUCCUGGAAAGAAGUAGUAUCCGAUUCUUAAAUAUGCACGAUCUAGCUUUGGUUCGAUCUUACCAGACACGGGACCAUAUAUCCAAAGCUCAACGUAGCGGACCCAGCGGGUUCUGGAUGACACCCAUCUUUGCUAGUGGUCAUGUACUGGCGAGUAGUUUACUCGACAAUGUUCUGUUUCAAGCCUAUUCUAAGACCCAUAUCCUGGACCUCGUGAAGCUCUGUUGUGGUGUCCGGCUCAAGCAGGCCAUUGAGCUGGACCAGAUCUUGGGUAUUGACUGCUCCAGUAUCUGCUUGAUUGAGACUCCCAUACAAUUUGUGGGCAAGUCUUUCUUGGCUUUGUUCCAGACAUUGGCCCUUCAAUAUGGCAUUGUAUCAUUGGGUCUAUAUCGAGCACCAGACCGUGAGCUUAACAAUGCGCUGCCUUUUAUAUUUACAAAUCCAUUGCCUGGCAUCCUACUCAAAGAUACAGAUAUGAUAUAUGUCCUCAAAUCUUAGACUUGUACAAGCCAG